AAUCGUCAAUUCGUCAAUCAAGAAACUUCAAUAAUUAUGAAAAGUCAUAUAUGAUUUUUCUUUAGGGAAUGAUAGGAUUAUUUCGGACAAUUUUUUUUCUGGUCCCUCAACGAUGGCCAAUGCGGGGAAAUACAAAGAUAACUACUCCUUCAUUUGUGCGGCAGGAGUAAAAGGCAAGCCAAACUACACUGUUGGAGAUACUUUUAAACGUUACACUUUAGAAGAUGAAGUACAAGCACUCAAGGCAGACCUUCACGUAUCUGACAAAAAAUAUGAACCUGUUAAAUUCCCGAAAGUUCCUGCCACGACACGAAAUCCAGGAAUAUUUAUUGAGAGUAGAGAAGUCUUGAAACCGCCACCGCAAACUCGAUAUCGUCAGCUGGUGAACGAUUUGAAAGAAACUACAUAUGAAAGUUACUGGAAUAAACAAAUUGGAAAAACAAGGGAUUCUACAGCAUCUUUUCCUGAAGGAAUGAAAGUUGAUGAAAUCACUUUUGGAGAUGCGUACAAUUAUGAUACGACAGCUAAAGAAUUAAUCCAGCCUCCCAAGACACGAUAUCAAGUUUUGUGGGACAGCCAAAUAAAUCACGAUAAUUAUAAAAGGAUUUAUGGAAGCUACAAUCCUGGUGAACGUAUAGUUAGAGGGUAUAAAUCGCCACCAUACCGAUCAUCUCAAGCCUUUGGUAAAUACUGCGGUUACGACAAAAGAGGAUUGAAGGCUAAGUGCUGUCUAGAAUGGUAUAACACCACCCCAAUUUCAAUCGCUAGCGAGAUCCAGAGCAAGUGGAACGACCAACAUCAUCAGCUGCUCGGCAGAUGCCACCAACCAAACCACUCGUUGAGAAACCUCCCAAAGGACCAAACCUUUGGCAGACCUUACAAAAAGGAGAUGUACGGCAUGGAGGAACUUCUGAAAGAUUCCAACAUCCCUAUUUCGACCGCCGUGCGGGACAUCCGCUCGUGGCUGGUGUCCUGGAAUCGCCUAAAGAUGGCCAUGGACGAGAAGAUCAGCCCCACCUUCGAUCACAACAUUUUGUACGAGAAGUUGAAGCAUUUCGACCUUGAUGGAAGUGGUUUUGUGAGUUUCGGGAAUUUUCUUCAGUUGAUGAGGUGCUACGAGAUUUUCUUCAAUAUUAAGAAUGUUAGUGCGCUGAUGGGGUAUCUAGGAAUGAUUAUUGGGGAUAGAGUGGAUUAUUCCAAGUUUGUAGAAGCCUUGAAGGAGGGUCUAACAUUAGAAAAAAUACGAAUACCUGGAAAUGAUUUACAUUUAAUAUCAACGUAUCAGGCAGCGUGCUGUGAUUUGGUUCUUCCAGAUGCAAAUAUGUGUCGGCGCGAUGCAGGCAUACCAACCCACCGAUUCGACGAGGUGAAACCUGCAAAUCCUUACACAGCCAGGUACGAGAAUUUAUCGGAUUACACCGAUAUGAAAGCCUGUCUACAGCCUAGCAUCGCCACGCAAUAUUGCGUAUCUCACAGGGACUAUCUACGCCCCCGUGAUGAGGAGUUCCUCAGGUCGCUGUUCAGAAAAAUCGGCUACGACUUGAGCGACGAAAUUUUCUCGAAAAUCUGGCAAAUCGGAAGGUGCCGAGACCGCUCCACAGAUGGCGUUAGCGUGCAAACUUUUCGCGACGUUUUGAACGAGUUGAUCUCGCCGCUGAAAAAAUUGAAUGUUGACGAGGUUUCUGGCAUGAGAUGAGUAAAUUUUUAGAGAGUA